UUGACUUCCAAGUGAUAGUUGCUGGCUAUUGUGUUGAUCUCAAUCUUCUUCUUUGAAGGAGCCUGCAGUCAGAAACGCACAACUGUCAAUCAGCCAAGCCUUCGUCGGAAAAACUGAAUCUCGGCUGAUGAAGACUUGAGAGUGAAGCAAAAUUCACAGGUGUUUGCACUGAGGACAGCAGGGCUGCAAUGAAACCGUCUGAUGCCACUGAGGAAUGUGAGACCGUUAAUCCCACACAACAGAAACAGAAGCGCACAAUGUCACCGAGCUGCCGUGUCAUACUCCAAUGAGACCGUUUGAACCCGGACAAACACCGAGCCGCCCGUGGCUGGGAUACCUGCGUCACCUCCCGGGGUUCUUCAGACAGCUGUGUUGGACGUGUUCCUCUUCCAUGACUCAACAUCUGUGAAAAAAAAACACCAAAAAAAAACAUCUGGAAUUUUCCCAGGGACUUCAAAUGUGGGCCAAAGUAUGAGACGUCAUCCACUAUCAGCUUCCUCUUUUCUAGAUCUGUCACUUCAUCCCGAUCUGCUCAUGAGGCGACGUCAGUGAAGAACUCGCAGAGGAGGACCGGUUCCCUGGCGAUGCGCGAAGGUCCGGUUGCUGCGUUGCCUGUUCAGCAGCAGCCUAACAGGCACAUCUGCCCCCAGGCUGUGGGCGUCGCCCCGGAGGGCCUGCAAGAUCCUCCGUUGUGCUCCGGAUCCAGGCGUGCCCAAAGACGGGAGGAGCACAUGAUGGAUAAGAGCUCCACUUGGGAUACAGCAACGCCUGACCUAAAGCAGAAUGGACACCGUGGAAGCUGCCAGAGGUCAGACGUGGCUCACGGACCGGACCGGGGCAUGGGGGGCUCAGACUUGGAGCACAGAGCCGCUGCUCAUACCAGCGCUCAGACGGAGGCCCACUGUGGAGCCACGUCACCUCAGCAACAAGAGAGGAGCCCCGCUGUGUCCGCGUCAGAAGACAGUUCGCCGGAUGUGCUCAGAAUAGUGAAGCACCAGCCGAGCGCCAUCGUGUUCUGCGACCACGAUCGCAGCCCCGACAACCAGGGGAGCUCCGAUGGCGGGGAGUCCUCCUCACCUGACACCGCAGAGGGAGAGGGGGACAAUGACGAGGACGACGAUUUUCCCGAGACGUUACAAUACAAGGAAUUCCUGGUCAGUCGUCGCCGUAGGAGCUCGAGCAGGAACAGGAAGUGCUCGAGGAAGAGACAGGAGGCCCAGCCCGGCAGCACCGCAUCUGGCGGGCAGAAGCCCGCCGGCCAGGGCAAAGCCGAGGUCACGGGUGGCAGGGAGGAAGAGGAGAACAAUGGAGGACAGGCUGCGGCGUGUGACUCCAUGAACCUGCUGAUGAACAAGUUGGAUCAGCUCGAUGAGGGGAUCCAAGAAGGCCAAAGCUCGAAUUGCUCCCAUCCAGACGCGGCCACUGGCACCGACCAGGAGCAGCAGAGCGACGUGGAGGGCAGGACGGCGAGCCGUGCCCCGCGUCAGGAUGAGGGAACCUGCCGGGCGACAGACAAAUCGGAGCCACCGACUCGACGGCGCUCGAGACCUUUGACCCGCAGCAGACCGCUGACCCGCUCGUCCCUCUCGUCCCCCACACAUCUCCACGCGCGACGGGCCAGGGUGAGCCCGGCUGUGUGUCCCUGUGUGGUUCCGCUUUGGGUCUGUCCACUGUUGUCCACGCCAGAGCUUAGCGGCAACUACUUCAGCCACACGUUUGUAGUGACCGAGUGGUAACCCGCCGUGACACCACCCAUCGGUUUGCGAGCUGUCGUUCUGAAGUCUCGAGUUCAACAUUUCGUACAGCGUCCGUCUUUGGUUUCUUGUAACCAGAGUAACCAUUAUUUGGCGCAGCGGGAGGUGGGGCCUGACCGGGAGUUUGCACACUGCACGUCCACCUACACCCCCACCUACACCCCCACCUACACCCCCACCUACACCCUGCGAUCGCGCGCGUAUCGAACGGCUUCUGAUCGAUCAUGUGUGAUUGAUAUGAGUUGAUCAGUUAACAGUGUGACAUUUUGUCUUGUGUUAUUACAAUGACCAUGACCAGGCAAUUCUGAAACAAACUGCUUGAGAAUUGAUAUUGGAUUUUUUUUACGUUUUCGAUCUCCAUUUUUCAUGUCGUCUAUUUUAUAUCUUCCUACACGAAGCUGUUUCACAGGAGAGAAGAAUGUUCUCUUCACUUUCUCUUUUGACUGUUUCUUGAGAAACCCUCCCUUUCUCUUGUCAUCCUCCUCCCUCUCUCUGGGCUUUCCAGUCCAGUCUGCAUGUUUCCUGCUGCUGUGUAAAUAAUGUGAAAGUAAAAGGAUGAGGCAGCUCUGCUCCCUCCUGUAGCAGGCAAGGUCACAUCCUUCUGUGUCAGCACUUGGACGUGACGAGAGCUACCACAAAUAAACCACCGCAUGGUUCAAGAGACCGGCGACCAUCUUAAGUGGAGAAUGAAUAGACUUUGGAACUGACCCUGGAAAUAUUGUUCUCUUACUUUUUGGAGCUGUACAUCAUUCUUCUUAGUGUUCUCUUAAAAGUGAAGAAUUGAAUUGAAUUGAAUUGAAAAUGUGUUUAUUCCGAAAUAAUGAAACAGGUGGACAGAUAUAGAAGAGUGAUAUUCACAAACAAUAACAGCGUAAAGCAAAACGAAACUGUCCAACACUUGCUCCUUUACAUGUUCGAAAAGGGGUGAGAAGAAGAAAAACUUAUUUAAUCUCACCCCUUCUCCCCAAGAAAUUCAUCUAUAAUUAAUAAUUAUUCAGCUUCCUUAUUGAUUGAAAUCUAUACUUUAGCUAAUAUGACUUGCAUCUUUAUCUCUAAAUUCAUUACUAAUA